GUUUUGACAGCUUUUGACUUUUGUUUGAUCACGUUAACAAGAACAAACCCAAGCUUGUACCUAAACAAUAAUCAUCAAAAUUUUAUUCGAUUCCUUUUAAAAAUGGAUUUUCUAAUAGCUAAUGUGGAAAAUGUAGUGUUUAAAAUAGAAAAGGAUCUAAACGAACAAUUUGGAGCACUUCCACUACCGUUUCCGGGCAUGGAUAAAUCGACCGCUGCAGUAUGUUUAUUUUUCAAUGCCACCGAUGGAACCGAGUGCGACAAAGGAGCAGCUUGUCCGUUUCGCCACAUCCGUGGCGAUCGUACUAUAGUGUGCAAGCAUUGGCUGCGCGGUCUGUGUAAGAAAGGAGACCAGUGCGAAUUCUUACACGAAUAUGACAUGACUAAGAUGCCGGAAUGUUACUUUUACUCUCGAUUCAAUGCUUGUCACAAUAAGGAGUGUCCUUUCCUGCAUAUAGAUCCGGAAAGUAAGAUUAAAGAUUGUCCCUGGUACGAUCGCGGAUUUUGUCGUCACGGGCCAAGUUGUCGGCAUCGGCACGUGAGGAGAGUGUUGUGUAAUUUCUACCUAGCCGGAUUUUGCCCGGAUGGAGCGUCUUGUAAAUUUAUGCACCCGCGAUUCGAGCUCCCGCCACCACCGGAAUCUAAAGACCAGCUGCCCAAACGCCCUCCGACGUGCCAUUAUUGCGGAGAACCUGGACACAAAGCCUGUUACUGUCCUAAGAUGCCUCAAGAGCAACGUGAAGCAACACUGCGGAUGGAAGAAGCAAGAUAUCGUUCGCUUGGUUAUUUCAAACAUCGCCAGAAUUUGGACAGCUCCAACCAAAGUUUAGAGGAGGGAGUUGUGUUGCCGCAAAAACCGCCUCCCAGACCUCUUGAAGAGAUUACGUGUUUCAAAUGCGGAAACAAGGGUCAUUACGCUAACAAGUGUACGAAAGGACAUCUAGCGUUUUUGUCAAACAAUGCUGUUCGGAAAUGAAAAUAUUACUUGCAACAUAAAUGGAUGAAAAUUA